AAUGGUGUUUCAAUUUACUCUUCCUGUUCCAAUUAUUAAUAUUACUAACACAAGAGCUUUAAUUUUACCCAAUGGAAAGAGACAAUUGUUUGGUUAUAAUUCUUUCUCUUUAGAAAUAAUAGACAUCUUCGAAUUUGUUUUUAAAAAACUAAUUCAUGAAACUUCAAAAUAUCAAAUUGAUGAUAAAGAUAUUAAGGAAGAAAUUCUUAAGUAUGUACCAAAAGGUACUUUUAUACCACCACCUAAUGUAGUGAUUUUACAAGCGGCUGGAAAUCCCAGUGAUGAUGAAGGUAUUUUUGAAGCCUGUAAAAUGUUUUCAAAUGAAGUUCAAUUGACUAAAAAUGAAUCUCUUGAGUUUUUGGAUAUUGCAUCAGAUGAUGAGCAAUGGCGAAUUAAUUCUUUAGUUUCUGAAUUUUUGGAACCAAAAGAAAAAGUCAGAAGUGAACGUGUGGUAGAAUCAAGGAAAGAUUCAUUGUGGAAAUUGGUGGAUGAUUUGUUGGAUAUCUUUGAGAGUCCUGAUCUAAAUUUAGAGAAUCAUUUACUUGAUAAGACACCAGAACUGAAUACUAAUGGUUAUAAUUUGCUUUUUAAUUGCUAUAAUAUAGGAAAAGAAAGAAUGGAGACAUUAUUAAAACAAGAAGUUUAUGGAACAGAAAAAAAACCUGUUAAAGGAAAAGGAAGGGGAAUAAGAAAUGUCAAUAUUUACAUGUAUGAAGAUAUACAAGAAUUAUACUCUAAAAAAAAAAAACGAGCAUCAAAAUCUCUCAACCCAAAUAUCUUUAGUGGAUUUCAAGCGAACCCUUUGACUGGAGAGUCAUCAUCCAAUUCAAUUGAUAAUAGUUUAUUUCAAGAAAUUUUAUCUACUAAUAAAAAACGUUCUUCUAUUCAAGAUGCAGAAUCUAACACUGACGGUUCAAAAAGACAAAGAAAAAUCACCAUGCCUGAUGAACAUAAUAUACUUGACCCUCUUGUUGAAAUGGAUGAAAAGCCAACUGAAAGUCAAAUUAUGGAUGCUAUAAGAAGAACAGGGUGGGAACGUAAAAAACUAGUUGAUUACAUAUAUCAACAUAGAAAAAGAAAAAAGAAAUAA